AUGGCUGACUUUUUUGGUUCCCUGAACGACGGAGGCGCUGCAGAGGGUGGGAACACUUUGAACCUGAGCGAGAAGGAAAGGAGGGAGUUUGAUGAGAUCACGUUUGACAAGAUCCAGGCCUUGACAGAUGUAAACAAGCUCGCCCGUUUAGCGGCGUACAUGCGCAUAGAGGAUUUUCACACCACAGCAGACGUGGCACAGGCACGCCUGCAAAAUCUGCAGGGCUCAGCAGGGAGAGAAGAGAACCCCGUCCUUCCAGCAAGAAAAGACGCUGACGCAGAACUAGACAAGGUGCUUCAGGAGCUAAAAAGCUGGGAGGCAUCAGUGAAGGGAGCAGACAAGGCGCUGAAAAGCGAUGCACCUCCAACGGAAGAGGACGCCCCUCCGGUCCGGCGCCAUAUAGGGGGAAAGGUUGGCAAGGCGGGCCUGAUAGAAGAGCCCGAGGAAACCAAGCCCAAGAACGCGAAAGAGGUGAUGGAGAAGGCCAAGCGGAUGAAGGACGCAAAGGACGUGCGGAGCGGGGCCGAGUAUUAUCAAAAGUGGGACAAAGUUGCGGAGAAUCUUGAGAAGGAGGCGGAGGGUUCCCUUAAGAAAGCCAAGCCAGCUGCGAGCAAACCGAAGACCGAGACUGAGGAGAUUCCUGAAGAGACUUCGGCCCCCGUGCUUUCCGCUGCUGCGGCAGACCGGCUGGUAGACGCCGCAUACAAGAAACCAGUCGUCGAGAGGAGAUGGCUUGCGAACCGAGAGCGGGAGAAGGGGAACGAACUCUUCAAGAGUAAAGAAUACCAGGGCAGCAUUGCAGCGUACACGCUCGCGAUCCGGCUGCUGCCCUCGUUAGAGUCCGCGUUCUGCAACCGAGCGGCCGCGCACCUCAAACUGAAGCAGUACAAGGAGGCGGAAGCCGACUGUACGGAAGCGCUCAAGAUUGAUCCAGGGUACUUGAAGGCACUUCGUCGCCGUGGCAUGGCAAGGCUCGAGCUCGGAAACGCGGAGGGAGCGAUCGGGGACUUGGAGACCGUUCAGGAAUGCGAAUACGACAAGGAACUGACGGAGUUGCUUCGGAAAGCGAGGGCGAAAGUGGGAAAGAAAGCCGGGGCAGAGAAGCCGAUGAGACGGAUGCAGAUCGAAGAGGUAGAAGAGGAGGAGGGUUCGCCAGAAACGGCUGCAACGGAACCGGAAGUGAGGCCGGAAACGGAACAGGAGGCUGGUAGAGCUGGGAACGGGCACGUGAGUGCUGCAGCGGAACGGACGAAAGCGGAAGAGCAGCAGAGAGCGGAAAAGGGCGGAACCAACGGGGACAAGAAACGGAUGAAUGCAGGAUCGACGGGGCCGGAGCAUUCUCAAUCUCGAGAAACAAACGGUGGGGCUCGGAAGGACCCUUCUGAGGCAAGUACGGGGAACGCUGCAGAAGUGAAGACUAAACAGAAUGAGAGCGACGGGUCAGGGAAGAAGGAGGCCGGGUCACCAGUCGUGGAAGCUUCGGGAAAAGAUGGGACUGCCGCAAAUGGAGGGGCUUCCCAGAAGGAGGCCGACGCAGCGCGGCUUGCAGAGGAGUGGCGGGAGAAAGGAAACGUGCUGUACAAGCGGGGCGACGUCACGGGAGCGGAGGCCUGCUACUCGCAGAGCCUGACGUACAGCGAAAAUGCGGCGGCCCUGAGCAACCGGGCGAUGUGCCGGAACCGGUUCGGGCGGUUCCGGGAGGCGGAGGAAGACGCGUCGGCGGCGAUCAUAGCGGAUCCGACGUACGUGAAGGCGUACCAUAGGCGGGCGGCCGCGAGGCGGGGGCUGCACAAGAAGGAGCAGGCGAUGGAGGACUACAAGGUGGUUUUGCAGGCGAUGCCGAACAACGUCGGCCUGCAAGAGGAGAUCCGGUCGCUGCAAAGCGAGCUCGAAGACUCCAUGUACAUUCCGCCGAGGAGAGGGGCGCCCGUCAUCGAGGAGGUAGAGGAAGAAGCUCCCGCCGCCACGACACCGGUGCCCCCAAAGCCGGCCCAAAACAUGGUUAAGCCACCCGUUAGCGAUGCACGAAAACCUAAACCCAACACCAAGCCAGCGGAACCAGCCAAGACAUCUUCUGACGAAAAGCCGGCUUUUGAAGGAGCACAGCCCAGUCCACGGAAAGCUCAGCGGAUUCCGCGGCCCACUGAAAGCAUCUCUUCGGACGGAAUCCGGCCGGAAUCUGACGAGAAGGCGGAGUCCCCGGAAAAGGUGGAGGAGAUGCAAGCGGAAGGGCAGGCUGUGGGUUCGAUGUCGAAGGGGCCGGAGCAGGCGGAGGAAGGGGCUUCGUUAUCGAAGUCGAAAGAGGGGGCUGCGCAGGAAACGGAAGAGAACCGGCCGGCAGUUCGGGAGAAGCCAGCACCUAAAGAAUCGUUUCCGUCAGUCAGCGCAGAGAAGGAGGUAACGCCAGAAGAGAUUCCUCCCGCCUCGAAGAGUUCCGCAGCGGAAUCAGGGCGGAAAGAGGAAGCGGAGCGCGAGAAAGAGGCGGGCAACCGGCUGUUCAAAGCCAGGGACGUCGCCGGCGCUCUGAAGCACUACUCCCGAGCGAUCGAGCUCCAACCGGGCAACGCGGCUUUCUACGGCAACCGGGCGAUGUGCUAUCUGCAGCUGAAAGAGUACGAGAAAGUGGUCAAGGACUCCUCCCGGGCACUGGAAUUGGACCCGGGAUAUACGAAGGCGUACUACCGCCGGGCGCUGGCGAGGAAGGGCCUGGGGCAGUAUGAAGCGGCGCUGGAGGAUCUGAAGUUCGUGCAAGAGAAGCUGCCCAAAGACAAGCAGGUGACGGAGGAGGUCCUCGCUAUCACCGACCUCUACAUGCGCCGCUUUGAGAACCUGACGUCAGCGCCCCCCGUGUCGUCACCGACUGCUCCGGCCAGCCGGGAAGCACCGGCAGGGGGCAAUAACCCCCAAGGACGUAGCCCCCCGGCGCAAAAGACCACGGAGCCUUCGGUCCCGGCAAAGACGGUUUUGCCCACGUGGUUAAAAGAGCAGCUAGCGGAGCAAGUCAAGCAGGGGGCGCUGAAGAAGGACGAGACUAGCGGCGUUCCUGCCCCCCCAAAAAGUUCGUCGGAGAACGAGCCUCCCUCGGGGGGGGUGGCGAGAAACGUGGGGUCGCUGACGGACGAGGUGUUCGAAAGCAGGCCGUCCUUCUUCGAAUCGAACGGCGGCAAGGCGCAGUUCAGUGCGGGGAGCUUCGACAAGAAGGCGGUGUCGCCCAAAACCUCCCCCCGGGGUGCUUUGAAGAAGCGGGCAUCUCCCCGAUCGGUCGUUACCACGGCAACGGAAGCGAAGACCCCCCCUAACGAGCCCGAAGAAGAAACACUGGCAGCUACCCCCCCGGAAAAGAUUGCCAGAGUACGGGGGGUAGGAUCGGUGGAUUCGAAACCGCCGAGUGCGAAACAGGGGGUGGAAACGGCUACUGCUCCCGCCAGCCUGGCAGGGAAUGGUGCAAGCCGGGGGGUAGAAAACGGCGGACGCGUCGAAGCCGAGGAAGCCCGGCAAGGGGUGGCUGCAUCUUCGACGCCGAAAGUUGAAAGGGAGAGUGCGGAAGGGAAGGCUCUGCCAGCGAAGCCGCGAAGCGCUUUGGAGUUCGAGCGGGCGUGCGCAAGCUUGGGCAAGCCGGAGAGAAUAGCUGCCUACCUGCAGAUCGUGGGUCCUGCCAGCUACCCCUCCAUCAUCAAAGAGAACUUGAGCGCUGUUCUUAUGACCCAUAUCGGCAGUGCCCUGUCGGCACUCCCGGCCAAGACGUCCGCUGACGUCAUGAGCGGGCUCGCUGACGUCAGCCGCUUCAAGCUGGUCUGGAUGCUGCUCCCGCCCGCAACCAAGAAAAAUUACGCUGCAGCGCUGACGAGGGGACGAACGGAAGACGUGUCUCCGGAGCUUCAGCAAAAAGUGGAGAGAGUGUAUCGGUAACAAGAACCGGCAGUAUUGGAAUGCCGACAGGAAAUGCUAGGCCAGGCCGUGUGUAGCGGUUUCUAAGAAGGUUCCGAGAGGACCAAAGACGUUAGUUGAUAUCAUUGACAAAAGAGAGUCCUUUGUUAUAUUGGAGAAAACGAUCAGGCCAUUAUUUCUGAUUGAAUGUCAGCGGGCGCGGCUGAUGUGCAAGGGAUAUGAACCACUGGGACUCACAGGCC